AUGGCCAGAAUUUUCCUAGGCAUUCCCAUUCCCAUUCCCAAUCUUUCUCCGCGCUGCUGUUUAUACAUUUCAGUUUUUCUCGGCGCUGCAAUACUUAACAUUGCAUGGCUGACUCUGCCGCACUACUCCGUCAACCGCAACCCUUUCUUGAGCGAUUUUCAACCACCUUUCAAUGUUUUCUUACCGAAGCAUGAAGACGUGGACUUCAUCUCUGGUCCCCCUUACCCUGCACCAACUCCAACUGGCAGCUACAAUUACAAGAAAGCUGAAUGGGAUGAGGAUUUGAAGCAUCAAGACUCAGACUUCAUCUCCAGUCCCCAUUACCCUGCACCAGCUCCAACUGGCAGCCACAAUUACAAGAAAGCUGAAUGGGAUGAGGAUUCGAACUACCUGGCUGAUUUUUCAUCGACUUACAAAGAAAUGGAAAGCAAAUUCAAGGUGUAUGUGUACCGAGAUGAUGUUCUCAACAAGUACUACAAGUUUCCCUUCCCCAUUACUGAUCCUGAUAGACUCACAUGGGAGUAUAGAAACGAGGGCUACUUCUUCCGUAAUAUCAAUAUGAGCACCUUCCUCACCACCGAUCCUAAGCAGGCUCAGCUCUUCUUUAUUCCAAUUCGCACCCAUCUAAUGCAAUCCACGGAACCUAGCUAUGAGGAAAUGGAAAUUAUAGUCCAGAAUUAUGUCCAAAGCUUGAUCCAAGAACACCCUUAUUGGAAUCGAAGCCAAGGAGCUGAUCACUUUUUUGUGCAUUGCCGCGAAACCAUAUAUGUUCCAUUACUGAAUAAUGCAAUUCAAGUUCUGUGUGCAACUCAGGAUGUUAGGCAAUUUAAUCCAUCCAUGGAUAUGUUUCUCCCACCUCUUGGAUAUGAUAUCUACCCAGAAGAUUUCAAUUUGAGUUCUGGAUAUGAUUUUAUAGAUAGGAAAAGAAUAGUUGCAUCAAAAAUUUUGAAGGAUCUUAAAAUAGACGUCUGCUCAUGCUCUAUAGCCCUAUACUAUUAUUAUGCCUGUAUAGCGAAAGCGAUAGUUGAGAACUGUAUUCCUGUUGUCUCGUUGAGCUACCCUGAAUUGCCAUUCAAUAACACUCUUGAUUGGACGAAAUUUUCUGUAAUAGACUCCGAGGGAGAUGUUCUCGUGAAUAAUAUACAGGAGCAGCUGCAGGAAAUUGUUAAAGACAUAGAAGAUGAAACAUUAAUCAAAUUGUUUAGCAACUUACGCAAGGUAAAUAAUGUUCUGACUUCUUCCCCUGUUGAAAAAGCAUCAUACUCUGGUGUCUUGAUUUGA